AAACCAUCUUCAUUUCAGCCCGACGUACACAUCUACAAAAUUUACGAAUCACGACGCGAAGAUUUCCUUAGGAACCCCCACGCACGCGCUGCGCUUCUCAGAGGUGGCAUCCUAUGGCGGUUAUGCAAAGCAUCUUUUGAAGGACGUCUAGGCCUCGUCAACGGGCCGUCCUCAGAUGUGAGAGUUUUCGGAGAGGCUAAACGCGAUGGAGGAACAACCUGGGCCGCUUGGGACGAUACCCUUACCCAUGAUGAAGUGGACUUGAUCUGUGGUGUAUAUUACGUUGCAGAUGGUGGACGAAACCAGUGGACGACGCUGUCCUGGUGGCCACGACCCAGUGUAUUCGAUAAAUGCGGCCUGUGGACGGGCUACUGGAAUGCUUCAUGCGAGUUCUGGUUCCAGCGGCGUCUCGAUCUAAUUCGCUGCGGGGAAGCUAAACCGUUGAAGGCAAGAAAGUGGAAGAGCGCGUUGAGGUACUCUCAAAGCACGAAGCAACUCUGCGAUCUCACGGAGGAGGCGAGCGCUCGGUUCAUUGGUAAGGUUCUUGGCUAA